AUGAGCCAUCUUCAGAUUGGCAAGUGGUUCCAGCGAGGCGCAAGUCGCGCAGAUGUUGGCCAGUUGCGGCCAACCUUCAACGAGACCCAAAUGGCAGUUGUAUGUUUGCCACAGACCUCUGCGGCUUCUCUAGUGAGAAAGAGAGCCCUGGUGGUGGGCUGCUUCAGCUGCCAGAUCGGGCAAAGAGUGGCCCAGCAGAGAUGCUUCGAAUGCCUCAACUUUGGACAUGUGGCCUUCAAUUGCAAGAGCACAGUUGGCCGUACCAGCUGGUGCUUUAGAUUUGCACAGGAUCUGUUGGAGCAAUCAGCGCGGGAAGUAGACGCCGAUAUUGCGAUUCUGAGCGAGCCGUUUAAAGCAGGCGAUGGCACCUUAUGGGCAGUGGACUUGACUACCAAAGCUGCCAUUUGCGUAUGCGGACAAAACAUGCCGGCUAUGGAGUCGAUGGCUACGUUCUCGCAAAAAUCGGGGAUAUGUGGUGAUUUUAAAGCCUGGUCCGAAGAAUGGGGCAGCAGCUCAUCAAAUGAUAGGGGCAGAACACUUCUCGAGGCCUGGGCGAUCCUUGAGAUUGCUGUGCUAAACACUGGCUCCAACUGGAAACUAUGCGAUUCUUACACCGGUAGCGAUCACCUGGCCAUUUUUUGCACCAGUAGUAGUGCAUUCCAAAGGCCCAACCACCAGCGAACAAAUCAACGAGACCAAAUAUUCCGCGUGGACACACUUAAUCCAUCGAAUUUUGAGUCGGCACUUAGUAUUCCGCGACUAGACGGCGAUGCAUCAAGACAGGCGGAAACCAUUAUAGGCGCAGUGAGGGCGGGAUGCAAAGCUAGCAUGAAGGUCCGAAGCGGGCAUAGCCGAGCCCUCGUCUACUGGGAUGAGGACAUUGCGGAGGCAAAAAAAAAAGUGUCUUCGAGCCAGGAGGCUCUAUCAAAGAUCGCGUGGCAAACCAGAGUUCCUGUUGAUGCAACUUUGCGAUUCAGCAAAAAGCUUAGGGCUGUUAAGCCGGCGGCUCCAGAUGAAGGGCGCAUGGCUGCGAUUCUGGAAACUCUGUUCCCGGCCACAUCAUCAAUAGGCCCAAAAGAGAUGAUGCAUACUGCUUUGCCAGUUGAUUGGCUCAUCACUGGAAAAGAGGUGAUACUGGCGGCAGCGAGACUGCAAAACAACAAGGCUUCUGGCCCCGAUACCAUCCCCAACAAGGCCCUAAAACUUGCCAUUGACCUACAACCAGGAAGAUUUGCUGAAGUUCUUAAUGCUUGCAUGGGAGAAGGCACAUUUCCGGACAGAUGGAAAUGGCAGAAUUUGCUGCUGAUUCCUAAGCCAAAUAAACCGGCAGAAGACCUCUCUGCAUAUAGGCCAAUUUGUCAUCUUGAUCCCGCAGGCAAACUAUUUGAGAGAUUACUCAGCACCAGAAUAGAGGCAGCAAUUAAGGCGGCUGGUGACUUCUCGCCUAUGCAAUAUAGAGAGCUAUAUUAA